GUGCCACAGAUGUAGAUGGAGGAGACUUGCGUUCUCCUCAGAGGUUCCGCCAUCUUAUCAAGGAUCUCCGAGAUAUUCGUGCCCAUGCGCAGGAUGCCACUCAACCCAAAUGGCAAGAUCGACAAGCCAAAGCUGCCUUUCCCAGAUACCGUCCAGACGGGUCCACGGGAUCAGGUCAAGAAAGGAGGGGAUACUUUGACUCCAACCCAGAAAUCACUUAUCGAGAUAUGGGGAAGGCUGCUUUCCAAUGUGCCUUCCCCUAUUCCAUUAGACGAAACCUUGUAUUCGAUCAGCCUACCAUACAGGGUCUUUCUGCAGCUAUCGAUGCCUUACGACAAGACGACCUUUCCUUGAACCAGCCUGCACCACCACCACCAAGCACUGGAAAAGCUGAGUUGGACUAUGCUGCAGAUUACGAAGCCCUCGCUUCCUCGGGUGGAACCGGUUUCUUAGGAAGUUUCAUUCUCGCGCAUCUCCUCGGACUAGACACCGUCUGCAAAGUAAUAUGCCUUGUCCGCGGCAAGAAUGAGUCGGACGCCCUCGAGCGACUAAGAUCCGGGUCUAGCGAUCGCGGGGUGUGGCAGGAGAAUUGGAUUAAGGAAGGUAAACUUGUAGUUGUCGUGGGAGACCUAAGCGAGAAAAACUUUGGUGUGGACGAACAAAUAUGGGAUUCCCUCUGCGAUUCGGUCGACGCGGUGGUCCACAAUGGUGCUUUGGUCCACUGGGUUUACCCAUACUCGAAACUACGCGGUCCAAACGUUCUCGGGACGUUAACCGCAAUGGAACUGGCUAGCAACAAGCGGCCGAAACUGUUUAGCUUUGUUUCUUCGACAUCCGCUAUUGACACUGAAUACUAUGUCCGCCUUUCGGAAUCUAAGCCAACAGGUGUUCCAGAGGAUGACGAUCUUGAAGGCGCACGAACAGGAUUACGAGUUGGUUAUGGCCAAUCAAAAUGGGUAUCCGAAAAGCUUAUCAUGGAAGCCGGAAAAAGAGGUCUUUAUGCUCAUAUAGUCAGACCUGGCUACGUCUUAGGUCACUCAUACACCGCUAUGCCAAACAUUAGCAAUACCGUGAACAUGGUACCAGUCGACUAUGUUGCUGGUGUUACCGCUGUUUCCGGCACCAUUCCUCCAAAAUCGGGCGUCACAGUUCUACACAUAGCUGCUCGACCGCCUAUCACAUUCAAUGAUAUUUUUACUACUUUAGUGGACUACGGAUACGAUAUAGCGCCAUGCGACUACAUCAUCUGGCGAGGAAAGCUGGAGCAGCACGUACUUGAGGUUCAAGACAAUGCCCUUUAUCCUUUGCUCCACUUUGUGUUGGAUGACCUUCCGAGAAGCACAAAGGCACCAGAGCUAGAUAUCACAAAUACCAAUGCUCUAUUCGAUCCACAAACCUUGCCCAACCCUCCUGUACAAACAGUAGAUCAAAAGACGACCGGACUUUAUCUAUCAUGGUUGAUCAACGCCGGUUUUCUGGAGAAACCGGAGAAGGCGGGUACUCUGACGCUUCCAACUUUGACCGGAGUCGCAAAAGCUGUUGGCAGGAGUGGACAGUAA